CUCACAAAGUAUCGCGAGAUUAGAGCCCAGCGAGGAUAGUGUCGUGAGCUAACUGGGUUUCUCGGUCGUUAGAGCUUGAUGCCAACAAAAACCUACAUUUAGCACAUUUUAAAAACACAUAGAAGCAUCAGCGGAUACGUAAAAUGCGCCUGUCCGGGUAGUCCGAGCGCCUUUCCUUUUCCCAGGCGCAGUGCGUCUGUUUCGGUGGCCUAUGUGGUAACAAUCGCGCUGCUAACGAGCUAAGCUGCUAACAUCCGCUUAGCCCCGGACCGCUAGAGAGACCGAGGAGUAAAACCAGGAAGGAGGGAGCAGCCGAGCAGCCUGGCCUCAACGGUUAGCUACUCUGACCGCACUGUACCACCGAGUAUUCAUACGAACGAGCUCUCUCAACUCUUUUGAAAACAGGAACAGAUAAGUGGAAAAGGCUGGUCUAAGCACAAAGAUGUCAAAGGCUCCGGAUUCCCCAGCUCGGUCCCGCUCCAGAUCGAGAUCCAAAUCCAGGUCCUACUCCAGGUCUCACUCGAGGAGCCGCUCCCGCUCAAGAUCCAGGAAACGUCGCUAUAGCUCCAGGUCUCGCUCCCGAUCUCGCUCACACUCUCCGUCCUACAGAAACUAUCCUUCCAGGGACUAUCAGAACAACAGAGGGGGCUUCCGGGGCUACAACCGAGGCUACCGCAGGCCCUACCACUACCGUGCCAGAAACCGAGGCUAUUACCCACGCAGCCAUUACCAGAACAGGGGAGGUGGUGGGGGCUAUGGCUAUAAGUCCAACUGGCAGGGAGGCGCCGGAGGUGGUGGCGGCGGCGGCGGUGGUGGUGGUGGUGGUGGCGGCGGCGGCGGCGGCGGCGGUGGAGGAGGGUGGCACGAUCGCCAUCACGACCAGGACCACCACAUGCACAGCCCAAGGAGGGGGCGCUCCCGCUCCCGCACACCGAAGAAGCGCUCGGGCAGCCGGAGCCGUUCCCACUACUCGGAGCGCUCGUCCUCGCAGGGAUCUCGGCGCUCCAAGCACUCCAGCUUCUCCUCGCGGUCCAGGUCCUCAUCGCCGCCUCACCGCAGCAGCAAGGGAAAGCCUGGAGCCAAGGAUGCUAAGGACAAGCCGGAGGGUAAGGGAGAAAAAUCGGGUCGAGCAGAAGACGGUGGCGCCAUCGAGAAGGUAUCCGGAGGUAAAUGGAUAGACUAUGAUACCAGUCCCAAACGAAUCAGCCCAGACACAAAAAAAGAAGGUGACCCGACUGGUCUGGACGGCAAAGCGUCUGUGAGCGGCGGUCCUAUGUGGAAAACCAUUGGCACCGUGACCCCCCCAGCAAAGAGCCCCACGAAGUCCGGACAAACUGCCUCCUUCAGUGGCUUUGGGUUCUUCUCAAAGGAAGAGGCCAAAUGUGAAGAUAAGACUGUGAUCUCUGCUGCAUUCAAGAAGUUCUUGGCUGAGAACAAAAACAAAAAGCAGGCCGCUGAAAAGGAGAACGGUCGCGAUAAAGAGCACAGCGGCACUGACCGAGAGCUCGAGAAAGGAGGCAAGUCCGGAGACCUUUUCAACAUCUCUGCUACUUCUUCGUCCGACUCCAAGGAGGGCAAGACGCUGCCUUUCUUUGACGCUGGAGAAGAGGAGUUCCUCAAGUCUCACGGGCUGAAAGAGAGGGACAUCAAUGAGGACGGCGAUGCCAAAACCACCCUCACUGCUCGCGACAUUUUCGGGAAGUGGGGGGAUGAGCCGAGCUAUUCGACGUCCUACCCGUCGGUUAAAGAGAAAAGCCGCAGAGAUGCCGAAGAAGCCGAGCCCCUGGAUCACAUGGAGGAAGAGUUCUACCGAGGCCGCAAGCACAGCUCCAAGAAGGAGGAGAAGUCCAAGAAGAAGGAGAAGAAAGACAAGGAGAAGUCCAGGAGGAGUCUGUCCCCCCCCACAACCUCCAGAGAGAAGGAGCGCCCCCUGUUUCCCGUAGCGUUCCCUCGUCGCGAGGAGUCCCCUCUACGUCACAUGUCGGCAUCAAGGGACGACUUUGAACACAAAAUUGCUUCUGUUGAUGAGAUGCCCAGUUCCUCCCUGUCUAAAGAGCGCAUCAUGUCCCGAGAGAUGCCCAAUCCCACUAAGAAAGAUCCAGAGUUUCGUUCCAUUUUCCAGCAUGUUCAGUCGCCACAGCUCCGCCGGAGCCCCUCGGAGCUGUUCGCUCAGCACAUAGUCUCAAUCGUGCACUACAUCAAAGCGCAACACUUCCCAUCCUCAGACAUGACUCUAAGUGAGCGGUUUGCCAUGUACCAAAGAAAAGCUGCAGAGGUAGAAAUGAUGAAGCCAAGGAAGAGCCCAGAAAUCCACAGGAGAAUCGAUGUUUCCCCAAGUGCUUUUAAGAGGCACUCUCACCUGUUUGAGGAUAUGGAGGAGACCAGCUACAAGGAUCCAAGUAAAAAGUUCAAAGGUGACGUGAUGGACCUUCGCCUGGAUAUUGAAAGGCGCAAGAGGUUUGCCGGGAAGGAGCCGAGGCGCGAAGGAGACAGGAGCCCCGGAGGCUCCCGAGGAGCGAGCAGAGAGAAGUCCUCUGAGAAAUCUGGGAAACACCACAAGAAAUCCAAGAAGGGUAAGAAGAAGCGGGAGCGCUCUCCUUCCUCCUCUUCCUCAUCCUCCUCUCCAUCCCCCUACCCUCCACCUUACAGAGGUAAGGAGUUCAUGGGAGGAGAAGGGAUGGAGCACCCUGAGGAGUGCUACGGUCAGAUGCGUUAUCCUCCACGCGACUACUGCGGGUCCGGAGAGAGAGGCCACUAUGACGGCCACAAUGCAGAGAGAGGCCGAGGCCGCGGAUUCUUCCCCAGAGUCAGAGGGAGAGGGUGGAGCAGGGGAAAUUAUCCAGGCAACAACAACAACAACAGCAGCAAUGGAAACCCUGCAAAUGUAAAUCCUGCAGUGCGCCCUCCAGAUGAGGAGUGGGACCCUGAAUACACUCCCAAGAGCAGGAAGUAUUACCUGCAUGAUGACCGCGAUGGCGAGAAAACCUGGGUGGACAGCCGCGGGAGGGGCCGGGGUUCCUUCCCGCCCCGCCGGGGGCGCUUUGUCUACCGUAAGGGGGGCAGCAGCCCGAAGUGGACCCACGACAUGUUCCAGGGAGGGCAGGAGGGGGAGCUGGGAGACGACAGCGCAGAAGUAGAGCGUAAAGACGCCAAGAGCGCCGGAGACGCCUCCGCCCAGAAGCAGUAGAGCAGCUGGCUCCUCCUCCUCCUGUGUAGUCAGUGUGGUAACGGUUACUGCGGCGAUGGAGGGUUGUUCUUUUUUUGUUUUCCCCUCCAGGUCAUGUUGUUGUUAAUAGUAAAAAAAAAAAGAAAAGAAAAUGUGUUCAGUGGGUUUGAGCCUUCUCACGGUUUAAGUGAAGAGAGAACCGACUAGAACGAGGAGCGGCACUCUGUUACGUUUUGUAUGUGAGCUUAGCUUCAUUUCAGAGUGCUUUUAUGUGAAGGUGAUUUGUUCCGUUUGUCUUUUCUUUUUUGCAGCCGGUUGGCUCAAUGGUAUCUUUUUAAUGGAUAAAAUACUGAGGCAACAAAGAUGAAUAUUCUUUGAAAAUAUGACAAGAUGAGAAAUGCAUUUGUGCCUUAGAAAUGACAUAUACAGUAUAUAUAACAAUACAUGUGUAAUCUGUUAGAGGGUACAGCCCCGGCUGUGAGAGGCCCAGCUGUACCUGUUUGAGUGUAGCCAGGCGUCAGAUGAUUUCCACCUUGUUCUUUCUUCCUUUGUCUUUUGGGCCUGUGAUAAAUCUUUGAUGUUACUGCAUGAAGCGUUUGAUUCAUACCUCGCUCCUCGGGACCAAUCGGUAGUGAGCCAUCCUCAAAUUAGCACACAUGGAAAAUCAUUUGAUGAACCGCUCCGAACAAUCUGUUUGUCACUUAUCCAAGCUUUUUCAUUAGUGCCACUUAACCUGUAUUUCUCAUUAGGAAGUGAAGACAUUUUUACGUGUGUGUGUUCGUGUUCCAGUAUAUUCGCAUAAAUUGUGGGUGUUUUUUUUUAAAUUGUAAAAGAAUUUGACACCAAAAUCCACAGAUCUUUUUCUUUUUUUAGACACAUAAACAUGUAGGUUUUCUCCCUUGUGAAAUCAAUUUAGGUAAGUGGCUACCUCUUGUUUUAGCAUUUUAAUAAAAAUAAAAUAAAAUGAGUUAUUAUAAGAGGGUGAUGUGUAUAGAAUUAUAGGAGCUAAAUUGGUGUAAUCUGAACACCAGGGGAAGGGAAAACAUAGUUGAAUAUUGUUCAUUUUUUUUAAAGACAGAAGUUGCAGUGAAUCCUCAACAAAAAAAAAAUCAAACUUAACUCCUGUCACAACCUACACAGAAAGUAAAGAGGACAACAUAACGUUUAGUUCAUGAAAGACUCUGUUUUGUGAAUCUCACUGUGCUGCUUGGUCCCACCUCUGACUACAUACUGCAUGUACUAAACAGAACUGUAGAACUGUCUUUCAUCUGAAGCUCAAUACUUUUUUACUGUUCUCAAGAGCUUUGGAGUUCUGUCUUUUAAUUUUCAAUAAAGUUUUCUUUGAAUCAGG